CUAAGUUAAGAUGUGCCAUCACUGCCAGGCGCAGGACCACAACCAUGUUUACAACGGCAGUACGAGGGAUGUCUUCUAUGAUAGUUAAGAGGCCUUGGAAAAUUAGACUCCCUAAAAGAUUAAAAGGAGGUUUCAUAGAGAAAUGGGGAGAUUAUUGGGUGACAGUGGCUCAGGACUAUAAGGAAGUGGCUUAUGAUGUUGUAAAAGACUCUCGAAAACAACCAUUUAAGGCUUCCAUGGUUAUGUCGUUAAUAGCGGGAUACAUGUAUGCAGUAAAAACAAAUCCUGAUGAGAUGGAGUUUCAAGAUACUUUGCAAAGAUACAUGAACGAGUCUGCCAUGUUGAGCGAAAAGAUCAGAAAUAAAGAGGUAGACGCUCACUUUAACUACAUGAUUGAUUGUUACAAUCAUGGACUUGUCAGAAGAUUAAGCCUUGGGUUUUGUUCUAUCCUAUGGGUGGACAACUACUCCAAAGUAUGUGGCGUUUUCAAGAGUCGAUGCGAAUACCUCAAGCCCCGUUUAUUGACCUUUCAUGAGCGAAUUAUGGAUGUAGGAUUCUUGGGUAGCUGGUGGAUUAUAGAUAAAAAAAUGGAAGAAUUUGAUAUCAAUCUUGAAGAAUGGACAGAGACAGAUGCAGAGAUUAGGUAAAAGCUAAAGUCUGAUUUAGUAUAAUAGUUUCUCUGGUGAUAUUUGUGAAGUUACCAUAAUGUAGGAUGUUAGUGGUUUUGUAUGCAAAUUGAUUUUAAGCAAAAAAAAUUUUUUUAUCAAAUGUCUUGGUAUCAUGUUACUACACUUUUCAUUUAAUAGAUUAGCAUAAAUCAUCUUGUUUGUUUGCCUGCCUCAGACUAAUCAGCUUCUGAAAAUGGCACUUAUUGUUUUGAAUGAGAACAUAACUAGGGUAAACUCAGUAAUUUCAGGAACAUUGUUUUAAUUUGGUUAUAAUUAUUGUUACAGUGUUACUAUAACAACCAUUUGAACUGUCACAGUUGUUACAAUCAAUACUGGGUGAAGCUUAUUGGAAGAUCAUUUAAAAUUUACUAAUUCCUUGGUACUGUGCUCUCAUGGUUUCAGUAUAGAUGUGGAGAGAAAUUGACACUGGAUCACAGUUACUUUAUUUUAUUCCAGAAAGACAUUUUAACAUGACAAAAAUGUAAUAGGUGGUGUAAAUACUUCUUUUGAGUGUGUUGUUAUUAUUUUACAGUAUUAAGUUUAAGCAAGAGCUUCUGUAAUAUAAAUAUCUAAAUGACAAAGUGUAAAGGUGUAAAAUUUA